AAAACCUCCCGCCGUCCCUUUAACAGCCAGCGGCGCUGCUCGGAGUUCAGGCCGGGGUCAGGGGGAGUUCGCAGCCCGGGUUUCACCUCCGCGCUGGCGGCGUCGGGAACGCCGAGGAACCGCUCCUGCUUCUUCUUCUUCCACCACCACCACCUCCUCCUCCUCCUCCCGUUCCGUAGGACCGGCCGGGAGCGCGGGGUAUGGAGGAACAGCAGCAACAGAGGAGGAGGAGGGUGGAGGGGAACAGCAACCGGCGGCGGCCCCCCCGGGGCUGAGCCAUGAGAGUUCACCGAGACCUCGGCUGGUUGGCGGAGGCCACCGGGCGCCCAGGGCGGCGGGCGAGGAGCGGGAUGCUGGAUGCCAUGGAGGUGCCGAGCCACUCGCGGCAGCUGCUGCUGCAGCUGAACACGCAGCGCACCAAGGGCUUCCUGUGCGACGUGAUCAUCGUGGUGCAGAACGCGCUCUUCCGCGCGCACAAGAACAUCCUGGCGGCCAGCAGCGCCUACCUCAAGUCGCUGGUGGUGCACGACAACCUGCUCAACCUGGACCACGAGAUGGUUAGCCCCGGCAUCUUUCGCCUCAUCCUUGACUUCAUCUACACCGGCCGCCUGGCUGAGUGUGAGCCGGGUGGCGAGCAGAGCCUGGGCGCCGUGCUGGCCGCCGCCAGCUACCUCCAGAUCCCCGGCUUGGUGGCCCUUUGCAAGAAGAAGCUGAAACGCAGCGGCAAAUACUGCCACCUGCGCGGGGGCUACGCGCCCUACAAGCUGGGCCGGGGGCUGCGUGCCGCCACGCCGGUCAUCCAGGCCUGCUACUCGGGGACCCCGCGGCCCGUGGACCUGCCGCCCGUGGAGCCGGCGGCGCCGCUCAACACGCAGUGCGGGGAGCUCUAUGCAUCGGCCGCCCAGGGCGCCCCGCUGCACCCCCACGGGCUGUGCCCGCCCGAGCGCCACUGCUCGCCGCCCUGCGGCCUCGACCUCUCCAAGAAGAGCCCCACCGGCCCCUCCGCCCAGCUCCUGCCCACCGACCGCCUGCUGCCCGGCGAGCCCCGCGAGCCCUCGCUGCCCCCACGGCACGACAGCCCCCCGGUCAGCGCCGGCCUCCUGGCCAGCCACGCCGCCGCCUACAAGGACUCCCCGCCGGGCGGCGAGCCAGGAGGGCACCCCCACGCCCCCGACCCCUUCCGCAGCACGCCACCCUGUGCCGAGCCCCCGCUGCCCCGCGCCGACGGGCGUGAGCUGAUGUACCGCUGGAUGAAGCACGAGCCCCUGGGCCCCUACCUGGACGAGGGGGAGGCGGAGAAGGAGCUGGAGCGGGAGGAAAAGGCCGAGUCGCCGCCCACGGUGCCGCAGCCCCGCUACCCCAGCGUGGAGAGCAACGACCUGGAGCCUGAUAAUAGCACGAGUGAGGAGACGGGCAGCAGCGAGGGCCCCUCGCCUGGCGACGCGCUGGACCGCUACUGCAACCACCUGGGCUACGAGCCGGAGAGCCUGGGUGACAACCUAUAUGUCUGCAUCCCCUGUGGUAAAGGCUUCCCCAGCUCCGAGCAGCUCAACGCCCACGUGGAGGCCCACAACGAAGAGGAGCUCUAUCACAAGGCGGCAGCCGAGCAGGCUGUGCCCUUCCUGGACAAGGGUGGCCCAGGGCUGGGUGACAUCCUGCGGCCCUACCGCUGCUCCUCCUGUGACAAGUCCUACAAGGACCCGGCCACGCUGCGGCAGCACGAGAAGACGCACUGGCUGACGCGCCCCUACCCCUGCACCAUCUGCGGCAAGAAGUUCACGCAACGCGGCACCAUGACCCGCCACAUGCGCAGCCACCUCGGCCUCAAGCCCUUCGCCUGCGACGCCUGCGGGAUGCGCUUCACCCGCCAGUACCGCCUGACUGAGCACAUGCGCAUCCACUCGGGCGAGAAGCCCUAUGAGUGCCAGGUGUGCGGCGGGAAGUUCGCCCAGCAGCGCAACCUCAUCAGCCACAUGAAGAUGCACGCGGCCGGCCCCGAUGGCAAAGCCAAGCUGGACUUCCCCGACAGCGUCUACGCCAUGGCCCGCCUCACCGCCGACCAGCUGGGGCUCAAGCAGGAGAAGGCGGCCGAGCUGCUCUCCCACACCUCGCACUUCCUCAGUGACCCCAAGGCCAUGGAGAGCCUCUACCCGCUGGCCAAGUUCACGGCCGAGCACCUGGGGCUGAGCCAGGACAAGGCGGCUGAGGUGCUGGCGCAGGCUCCGCACCUCCACGCCGAGGCCGCCCGGACCAUAGAGCGAUACUCGCCCCCCUAGCGCCGGCCCAGCCGCGGGGCGGGGGGGGCCGCCGGGCUCCCCUCACUGUCCCGCGUGGAGCUGGGGGGGGACGAAGGGCGGUGGGUGCUCAUCCCCCGGCGCUGCCCGCGGCCCCGGAGAACUCGCUCGUAGCGGAAGGUCCCACAAGAGCUGCCCCGGGACGGCUGGACGGCGCGUCCCGCGAUGAGCGCCCCGGCUUGCCCGGGAGAAGCCGAUAAUUCAGGGACUGACCUCGUGGCCCCCCCGCUUGCUGGUGGGGGCUGCUGGGCCCCCAGCCCCGGGGCGGGAGCGAAGCACAAGCUGUGAGGCCGGGCUGCACCCGAGGCUUUGGAGGACAUGAGCCCGCUCCUUACCUCAGGGCUGUCCCUGGCGCUGUCCCCCGGGUGGGGGGACGCCCCCGGCAGCUCUCUGCAUCACCCCAGCCCCAUGGCGGGACCCACCGGUGCUCGGCUCAGCCGCGAUGGGACCCGGACUGUGCUGCCUCGACCGCCGUGGGCCUGUGAGUAGAUCAUCCAUCGCGGCCGGAGCGAUGCCUCCGAGCAGCCGUCCUGACCGGGAGCGGAGAGCGUGGCCGUGCCGGGGCUGGGGGGGGCCUGUGGCGGCCAAACCCCGCGGGGCCAUGCUGGGAGCUCGGGGGCAGACUGACGGAGGGGCACAGCGGGGUCUGAGCGGCGGGCAUGGGGCGGGGGGACGGCGGUUGGGCCCACGCCAGGGGGGCCGGGGAAUCGCGAUGCUCCUCACCGUGGAGCAAGCACUGACCUCCCGCCCGACCCCGGUGGCUCGGCCGCCGGCAGCUGGUGUUUCUGGGAGGUGGGGCAGGGCCUGUCACAGACUGAGCCCCUGGGCCCUGCCCCAGCAGGCUCCCCGCCAUCAGGGAUGCCGGGGGUCCGGGGUCCGGCGGCUUCGCCCUCGGGCAGCCACUCGCCUCUAUUUUUUGUUUUUUUUUUUUUGCCAAAGAUGCCCGUCCCCAGCGCGGCCAGGCUGGGGAGUUCAUGACAAAGACAAAGCGGUCUGGUUUGUCAGCUACCGGGGGGGUGGGCAGGGGGCUGCAGGAGGGAGCCGGGGGGGGCAGAGCCGAGGGAGGUGCUGGGCUGCGGUGACCUGGGGCCGAGCCCCCGCCACGGGGCAUCCCCUGCCACCAUCGCACCCCCUCUCCCGCCUUCUGCUCGGUGUGGGCAAAGCCCCCCCGGCCUGGACGCCCCCCCGGCCCCUGCCCUGACCCCUCUGCCUGGGGCUAAUGUGAAGCUUCUCCCCUCCCCGAGCCCCCUCUUCUCCUUUGCACACGAGGCCCCGGGGCGGCCGCCAGCAGCGACUGUCCCUGGCCUCGCAGCCACUGUGCCUUAGCCUGAGCUGGCCGCUCCUGCCCAGGUGCCCCCCUCGCCCUCCCUGGGCUGCCGGGGCGCCCCCGGGGCCCCCCAGGGCCGGCAGAGUCCCUGUGGAGCUGCCGUGGGGUGAGCGGCGGCAGCAGCACCCAAAGCACAGCUGGCAGCGCCCAGCGAGGCUGCCGGCCCCCUCUGUAUCACGUCCGAUUUGUACACGGGCUCCUUGCCCCCUUUUUUUUCUAUAGUCGAAACCGAAUGAGCAAUAAAAUGACAUUAACGCG